CUUGCCCUACGGGCCGCGGCCAAACCGCACGACCAACAUUCACAUCACGGUCAGGCGGGAUCUUCCCACCCCCGAGCGGGGCAGCAGCACCAGCCGGGCCGGCGGGCGCAGGAACCGCUACUACUAUAGGUUUUGGGAUUAUUUCAUCCCGUAUGGGAAAAAAUACGACAAGUCGUGGCUGCUGAGCUCCAUCCAGAACCUUUGCAGCGUUCCCUUCACUCCCGUCGAGUUCCACUACGACCACAACCGGGCUCAGUUCUACGUGGAAGAUGCCACCACCGCCAGCGCUCUCAAGCAGGUCUCCCGCAAGAUCACCGACAGGGACAACUACAAGGUGGUGAUAAUUAUCAACUCGUCGGCUCCGCCUCAGUCCCUGCAAAACGAGUUGAAACCGGAGGAGAUUGAGCAACUGAAGCUCUGCAUGAGCAAGAGAUACGAUGGUUCGCAGCUGAAAUCAGAUCGGGAGCUGGACAAGGUGAAGGGGCUCAAACUGGAGGAGCUUUGGCUCAACGGAAACCCGCUCUGCAACGCUUUCCGGGACCAGUCCACCUACAUCAGGUCAGUGUUAGCCUUGGGGCGGCCCUUAGGGGCCC